GCGUUCUGGCCAAGCAUGAGCCGAGGCAGCAGCAGCGGCAGCAGCGGGGCUAGCUCGCGGCCCGCCUCCACCUGCUCUAGGCUCUUUGAGAUGACUAGCAACGCAGCCUUCCAUGCCUUCUCUCCAGGAGCUGCGCCCGAGGGGGAGACUCUCCAGGAUCAUCUUUUAGAUGUCCCUGUCACUCGUGAGCAAUUAAACCACUAUCGUAAAGCUGCAGAAAAUGCCCGCAGUGAACUUGCUGCAUCUCUGGUCAAAUUUGAAUGUGUUCAGUCUGAGCUUCUGGAUCUCCGCUCUAAGAUGUUUUCUAAAGAAGUCUCAUGCCAGGAGUUGAAGGCUGAAAUGGAGAGCUAUAAAGAAAACAAUGCAAGACAGUCGUCUCUUCUCAUGUCAUUGCGAGACAGGGUUCAGGAGCUAGAGAAAGAAUCCGCAGCACUUGCCACAUCCAAAAUGAGAACAGAAAUAACAGCUAAUGCUGCAACCCAGGAGAACCAGGAAUUGAAGAAGAAAAUCACAGACUUAGAAGCUAAAUUAAAAAAGUUUUCAAAAGAAAAUGAAGAAAGCAAGAACCAAGCAGCUAAGAACAGCGGGAAAUUCGAGGAAUUUCUAAUCCAACUUUCUGGCUGCUUAGAAAUGGACAUGAAGAACGAAGAGGAAUUUCAGGAGCAUUUAAUUUCGAAGGUUAGGGAGCUGCAUAAAGAAAACGCACUUAGGAAAGAACAGGUUGUUACUCUUGAAGAGACUAUAAAUGUCCAUGAGAUGGAGGCAAAAGCCAGCAGACAGACCAUCAUGCGACUGGUUUCAGAAGUAAACAAAGAGCAGAAAAAAACUGCCUCCUGCAUUGAAGAGAAAGAAAUGCUGAACAAGGACUUGACCAAUGCUGUGGAAGCAAAACAGAGUUUUGAGAGGGAAAUCAAGAUCUUACAAGAAAGAUUAGCUAUAGGCCAGAGGGCUUGGGAUGCCACUAAAAAAGAGCUGAGUCGCUUGAAGAAAAAUUCCUGUGAAACAGAAGAGAGUUUGAAGAACAGCAUGGAGGAAGCAAAGACCUCUCAGAGCCGUUUCUGUUUAUUUGUGGAGCAAAUUGCUGACCUUCUGAGUAGAAACUCAGUGAUGGUUAAACCUUCAAAGGAAGAUGUAUUGGACAGAAUACAGGAAAUGAGUAAGCAAGAAGACAACAGGAAACAAAUGGUUUCCCAGCUUGAAGCCCAGAUAGCUAAACUGACUGAACAAUUGGAUAAUGAAACUGGACUUCACCAGAAAGCUCUGCAAAGGGCCCAGAAAGCAGAAAAGCAUUUUGAGAAUCUUCAGGGUCAAUUGACGCACCUGGAGGGGGAGCUGGUGUCUGGAGAUGUUCUGUUAGACAGUUUGAGCCUUGAGAAACAAAAAUAUCUUAAAUUUGUAGAUCAGCUUUCAGAGAAGAUGAAGCUAGACCAGAUGGCUGCUGAACUUGGCUUUGACAUGCGGUUGGAUGCAGUUUUAGCUCGUGCAGAGCAGCUGGUCCGUCUUGAAAGCAAUGCAGUUAUUGAAAACAAGACCAUGGCCCAUAGCUUACAGAGAAAGCUAAAGGCUCAGAAAGAAAGGCUGGAGAGCCGAGAACUGCACAUGAACCUUCUACGGCAGAAAGUAAUUCAGCUGGAAGAGGAGAGGCAGGUUCGCACAGCCUUGGCUGUGGAGAAGGAUGAGGCCAACCUUACCAUCAGAAAACUGCAGAAGAUGGUGGAAAGGUUACAGAAGGAUCUGAGAGUGUCCCGGGAAUCUAAUACUGAGCUCAAAGCCAAACUCUCAGAUACCAAUGAGCUCAAGAUUAAAACCCUGGAGCAGACCAAAACCAUAGAAAGCCUAAACAAAUCCAGGGGUAAACUGGAGAAGAUGAAGGAGAAGGUAGAGAAACAGUUGAUAUCUGUUAAAUCAGAGCUGGAUAUAACUGAACAUGAAGCAAAGGAGGAUAAAGAGAGGGCUAGAAACAUGCUAGAUGUUGUUACCAAUGAAAUGAAGACACUGAAGAACACACUGGAAGAAACAACUAAAAGAGAGAAACAGCUUGUAGACUUCAGGGAGGUGGUAUCACGGAUGUUGGGCCUAAAUAUUACCAGCCUUGCUGUCCCUGACUAUGAAAUCAUCAAAUGUCUUGAAAGACUCAUCCAUUCUCAUCAGCAUCACUUUGUUCCCUGUGCCUGCCUUAAAGACAUGACUACUGGACAAGACAGAUCCCCACAGGACCACUUAAAACUUUUACACUGA